AUGGGGGAUAUUGAAAUUGAUGACAUUGAAUUUGCUCGACAGAUGUUGAGCGUAAAAGAAAACAAGUAUGAAGAAAAUAAAAGCCGAGGAAUGAAACAAGUAGUUAACAAGAGUCAUAAGAUUAGUACUCUUUCAAAUAUUCCAGAUGGUAUCUUAUUUAACAUCCUAGUGAAGAUUCCGCCAAAAGACAUUCAUAAGUAUGUCAUGCGCGUCUGCAAAUCAUGGAAAGAAAUUGUCUCAGAGAGUUUCUUCAUUGAGCAAAAUUUCAUGGAAUCGAAAACAGAAUUAGUGAUACAGUCAGGAUUAGGAUGGCGUAUGAAAACAAAGUUGAUAGAGAUUGGAGAAGAAUUUGAAUGUGAAUCGCGUGAAGUUGGACUAAGUAAAUUACGCAAGAUUCAUUCUAGCUGUGAUGGAUUUCUAUUGAUGAGUGAACCAGGGAACAAUGGGAUGCUACAAAUCAUAAAUCCAGCAACAAAGUUCUGCCUCACUAUCCCGCGAUGCCCUUCACAUUGUAAACAUAAAGCUUGUAGUGCAGCACUUGCCUUUGACUCUUCGACAAAACAGUACAAAGUAGUGCAUGUUGUUACAGAUUCUUAUGGUUUUGAAAUAUUUAAUGUGAACAGUGCUGAUGAUGAACUGCAAUGGGAACGAGUUUCUAGUCCGUGGGAAGAUUUAAAUGAUCGACCAUUUAAUCCAGUUAAGUUUCACUGGAAGAAUCCAGUGUCAAUUAAUGGAAGGAUUCUGCAUUGGUAUGUUGAUUCAGCUGAAUAUUUCAUUACAAUGCAAGUAAAAGAGGAAAAAUUCAGCCGAACUUAUCUUCCAGAACGUGUUAAAGAGAUUAAUAAAACGAACAAUUAUGCAUUGGUAGAGUUGGAUGGAUUUCUUUCUUUUAUCAACUGUGAUUCGGAGAAAACAAUGAAUGUUUGGAUUUUGGAAGAUUUUCGAAGGAAAGUUUGGUUCAAGAAACAUACAAUCGUGGCAGAGUUGACAAAUUAUAUAUGUCCAUACAAAUCAUCAAGACAGGAUGAGCGGAGAAUGCCAAGAUUUUGGAACCUUGUUGCGGUUGCUGGUGCGAGGAAUGGUGAAGUAUUGAUUCUAGAGCAUAAGAAGAACUCUAGUGUAUUUAUAUAUGACACGAAGAGUAAGGUGAUGAAGCCUUUUAGCAGUAACAUGAGGAAAUUAGAAUCUUUUGUACCACACAAAGAUGGCCUCUUUCGUAUCAUGAAGAGGAUCGCGUAG